GAUGACAAGCGCGCGGUGAGGUGAAGUGCGGACCAGGCGGGCCGGCGCUGCCUGAUCCACAGCUCGUCGUUCCGUCGGGCCGCGGAAAGCGAUGCCGCGCCGGCUAAGCGCGCCAGCGUCAGGCACGGCGCGCGGCUGCGCUCUCGCAUGGCGCAUGCAUGGAGGCCGCUCUGCAACGGCAGCAUCAGGCCAUCGCACCUUCUCUCCCACCACCACAUCCAACGCAUCCACCGCACCGCCGAGCUGUGAGCUCCUCGCACCUCAAGCGCAUCGCAUCCAGCGAACGAGUGCAGCGCCGGCCUGGCCUCCUGCGCCGCGCAUGGCGGGUCCCUCGCGCGCCUGGCUCGCCGACGCCCCGCCACGCUCGCCGCACCCCUACAGCGCCGACUCGCCGCGCGCUCAGCUCCUCUCCUCGUCCCGCCGGCCGAGCCUCGCAGCGCUGCCCACGCUGCCGUCCUCGCACCCGGCGGCGCUCGGGCCCAUGCAGCUGCAGCCGCCGCCGCCGCACAUGUACCCUCAGCACAUGGCGGGCCCGCCGGGCGGACCCAUGAAGCACCCGUCGCCGAGCCACUCGUCGCCGUACCACAUGGGCUCGCCGCACGCGUUCGGCAUGAACGCGCCCUAUCCGGGCAGCGCGUACCCUGGAAGCAGCUAUGAUGCGCCUGGCAGCGUCAUGGCGGGUCCCAGCUUCCAGCCAGACGAGCCGCACCCGGCAGCCGCCUGCCGCAAGGCGCCCGGCAAGCGUGCGCGGUCAGACGAGAGAGCCGACACGUCGAAUGGCUCGAGAGCGCGGGCUGACAGCUCAUCAAAGGGAAAGGCUGCGAAUGGAGGCGGCGCAUCCCAACCGAACGGCAAGCGCCGCAAGCAGGAGGCGCCAGAGCCGGCGCCCGAGUCUGACUCGGAGUCCGAGUCAGACGACGGCGAAGACGAAGAGCAGAGCGACGUGGAGGUCAAGAGCAAGGGCAAGAAGAAGGGCAAGGCGAAGCGGAAUCGCCAGGCCUGCACGCACUGCCAGAAGCUCAAGAUGAAGUGCUCCGGCAGCCUGGGCGAGGACCAGCCGUGCGAGCGCUGUGCGCGCACGGGACACCAGUGCAUCGUGCACGAGCGCACGUACCGCCGGCCAUGGACGCGCCGCAUGGACGGGCAGCUGCAGGAGCUGACGCAGAAGGUGGCCGUCAUGCAGGCGCAGAUCGCAGAGCUGCAGCAGCGCGGUCCGACGCUGGCCGCGCCGUUGCCAGCCAUCGUAGCGCCGCCUGCGCCUGUGCUGAACGGCCACGCGAACGGCGUGGGCCCAGCAAUCUCGCCUCAUGGCAGCGGGAGCGAACCGCUCAUCUUUGAGCCAGACGAGGACGUGGAGCUUGUCACGCGGCGCCAGCUCGAGCUGCCCUUCCUCAAGACCGGCCUCAUCACGCCUGCCGAGGCCGUGCAGCACUUCCGGCGCUUCAUGGACAAGUGCAUGCUCCACGUCGUGCUCAUCGAUCCCGAGUGGCUCACGCUGCGCCGCGCGCUCGAGUCGUCCGUCUUCCUCUUCACGACCAUUGUCUGGCUGUCUUCUGCAUACGACGAGCAGCGGCGCGACCUCGUGGACCAGCUGCAGCCCGAGAUGGACUUGCUCAUCGGGCAGGUCAUCACGCGCGGCUGCAAGUCAGUCGAGGUAGUGCAGGGCUUCUUGCUGCUUUACUUCUGGAAUCGCCCAUCGGCCGACCCGGAAAAGGACAAGGCAUGGCUCUACGCCGGAAUUGCCAUUCGGCUGGCCGUGGAGAAGAGUCUGCACCUGGCAAAGCCCGGCGAAGACGCGGGCGAGCAGCGCAACCGCGAGCGCACGAUGAUCAUGACUUUCGUCGUCGACCGCAGCCUCAGCCUUGCCGUGGGCAAGCCGUGGACGAUUCAAGCCGACUCGUCGCAGCUCGUCAUGGACUGCAACGCAUGGUGCGAGCAUCCCAUGGCCCGCUCGUGGGACAUGGGCAUCUCAGCGCUGGCUGAUCUGCUAAAGGUGACGAGCAAGCAGACGGACGCGCUGCGCAGCGCCGUGCGCGACUGGACCGAGGACAACGAUGACGGCUUCGACUGCUCUUCCGUGAUGCUCAUGAUGAACGAGGAGCUGGAGCAAUGGCGGCGGCGCUGGGACAAGAGCGGCUUCUUCACCUCGCCCGUCAACACGGAGCUGCCCUCGGCCUCGCCGGCGCCGACAAACGCCACGGACACGACGCGCGCCGGGAGUGCGGGCAUUGGCGGCACGCCUUCAUCGGCAUCGAGUCCGCGCCCAGACAUCCACGUGCGCACGCUGCACUACAUCACGAAGCAGGCCAGUAUGCGCUACAACUUCGCUGUACUUGUCCUCAACUCGUUCGGGCUGCAGUACUGCGCCACGCGCCCACGCAAGGCGGCCGCCCGCACGCUGUGCGUGCCGCGUGCCAUCUCGGCCGCACAGAAUGUGCUCGCUGCCGCGCGCGAUGGCCUGAGGGGCACGAUGGCGCUCUCGCCGCACACGCAGUUCGUCAUUCUCUCCUUCGCCCUCGUCUCGCUGAUCAAGUUGUCCAAGGCGCCGCCGAUCGGCGACUUUGCGUCGGAGCGCCUCGUCACCGACGUGCAGUCCGGCAUCGACUUUCUCGACUCCAUCUCGAUGAGCCCCACGCACACGCCUGCGCGUCUCGCCUCGCUGCUGCGCCUGUUGCUGCGGAACAGCCGCUCUGGCGGUGCAGGCGGGGCCGACGACGCAGGUGGCCAGCGCACUGGCUCGCGCGACGGCGAGGGCAGCUCGCGCACCGAGCGGCGCAGCAACCUCAAGAAGCCGGCGUACGCACCUGGCAUGGAAGUGCAUCGCCUACCUCCGCGCUCGUCACGCGCGGUCACGCCGCACGCCGAGCCAGACGGCGACAGCACGCCGUCCAAGUCGCCGGCCUCGCUCAUGGCGCCGACGCUCUCGUUCAGCACGCCGCGGCAGACGGCUGCCUCUGCAACGCAGCAGCGCGUGCAGGGGCAGCACGUCUCCUUCUCCGAGCCGCCGUCGGACCCGGCGCAGCUGCUGCUGCACUUUGCCGAGCCGGGCGUCGACGGCGCGCGGCGCCCCUUUGCGUCUGACACGCCGAGCAACGGCGUCGCACUGACGCCCUUCGGCGACGGCACGUACGCCGGGCACGGCGGAGGCCCGCUUUCGCCGCUGCCGCUCGACUUCAGCCUGCUCGGCGCCAACGGCUCGACGGCGCUGGGCCAGAUGACGGCCGAGGAGAUCCUCGACGACUCGUUCUGGCUCCGACUUGGCUGAGCAUUUCCCGUCCGCUGCGCUUUCCCGUCUCUGUUUCCGCACUGUAUACCAAUGCAAGCUCUGCGUCCCAC